CACGGUCGCGGCGACUAGUUCCUCCAUUUCUCAGAAGUGGGUCCCACCCACAAAACACACGAUAUAUAUAAGGGGGGCAUCGGACCUCGCUGCUAUAUGUGUUUUAAAAGGCAGAUGGCCAAUCCGACGGCUGUGAUGGGGAGAAUCCCAGCGAUUACGGAUGAUGACGUGGAAUAUUCAGGAGGAGGGGCGAGCCUCGCCGACAUGGUCUUAGGGUUCUUUGAAGAAAAGGAAGCGUACGAGAGCUGUAGCAACGACGACGACGACGACAAUGACGAUGGAAAUUCCGGUAUUGUUGAAGAGCAGAAUGCCUUUUGGGAAUCGCAGCAUAAUCUCCUCCAGGCAACCUUGCGUAGGAGCAGUUCUUUGGAAACGAGAAUCCGGAACGACACGAAGCAGGCACUGAGGGAUUCGCAAUCGGUGGGGCCCAACUGCAUUUGCGUUAAACCCUUGGUUGGUGGAGUGUGCCGGAAAUGCUUGGUGAGAGACGUAUCGGAUCGCCUCCGAAACGCUGGAUACAACAGCGCCCUUUGCAAGUCCAAGUGGAGGAGCUCCCCCUGUAUUCCCUCAGCAGGGGAACAUACCUACAUUGACGUGGUAGAUGCCGCACGUGCCGACAAGCCCGCGGUUCGUGUGGUGAUUGAGUUGGACUUCAGAGCUGAGUUUGAGAUGGCCAGAGGGAGCCCAGAUUACAACAGACUCAUCGAACGGCUCCCACGAGUGUACAUCGGGAAGGCCGAGAGGUUACGAUCGCUGAUCAAGAUCUUGUGCAGCGCCGCAAAAAUGUGCAUGAAGGAGAACAAGAUGCACAUGGGCCCCUGGAGGAAGCACGAGUACAUGCAAGCCAAAUGGUUUGGCACGUGCGAGAGGACAGUGCCCGUGCCGCUCUCGAUGGCGGGGUUUUCCGACAGGCAGCCGAAGCUAAAGUCAUCCAUGCUUACCUUCGAUCUGCUGGAGAAAUUGCCAGGCUUGCACUGUGGUGUGGUGGAAGUGGUAUGAUUCAGAUGGACGUACGUGUGAGAUUACAUCUUUUUUGGACAAGCUUCUGUAGCACGUGCACAUCAUCCUCGUGUGUAUGUAUGGCCUGAAUAAACGGACAGAUGGUGAAGUAGUCGACUGUUGGUGUCCGUUUAUUUAUAGGUCACAAAUCCAAAGGUUAGCAUUCUCAGUGCCA